UAAACGUUAAUAAUGAGUUCGAGAAGAUUUAAUAGGUCAAUAAUCCCUAUAUUUAUCUCGUUCGAUAUCGAUUUGCAUAAAUGGUAUUGUGAUAAAUGUCGAUACGCUCUUCAAGAACAAUUUUUCGAAGAAUUUAUCAAUGAAUUAAAGCAGAAAUAGAACAUUUCCAGAAGAAGAGAAUUAGAUAAUAAAUAUGAUAGUAAAUUUCUGCCAAUUAUAUGCAAAUUCAAGUCACAUUUUAAUCAGACCAUUCAGUUCAUGCACUGGAAAUUAUUUAUUUUCUUAUUCACUUAUAAGAGAUAAAUGUAUCAAGACAAUAUUUUAUAAUAUAUCAAAAUGUAUAUCAUCAGUUGCAUUUAAAAAUAUUAAUCAUUAUAAUAAAUUAAAUUUAAAUAAAAGUUUGGUGCACAUAAAGAAAAGAAACUGUAAUUCACAUUCAAAAUCAGAAAAUCUAUUUUAUGAAUGUAAAAACAUCACUAAAUUAGAAAAUGGUGUUAGACUUAACCAUUGCUCAAUGAAUUAUAAUUUAUUGAAUAAAAUAAAUUUCUAUCGACAAGUAAACAAUAAAAUAAACUGCAAUUUAAAAAAUAUUUUACGAUCAUAUGUAAAAUAUUUUUAUUAUUUAAAAAAUAAAAAUCUUAGUACAAUGUCAAAUGAUAUUUUGAAAUUAAACCUUAUUUUGAAGUCAAAAAUAAAGAAGAAAGUUAACAAAAAGAAACGAAAGUUGUCUCUCUUAUUAGCUGGAGGAUGUUUAUCUUGCAAGAGAUCUAAGAGAGAUGAAGAAAAAUUGACUGAAGAAGCAGAAGAACUUGAUAUUAAUCAGACUAAUAAGGAUUAUGGAAUUGAAAAAAAUACUUGUUCAACAUUUGAAAUUGAUGAAAAAUUGAGAAAUGAUAAAGUUAAGAAUAUAAUUCUUAAAGAUGAUACUGAAGCAACAACAUCUAGUGUAUCUGAAAGUAUUGCUAAUGAAUCACUUAAACAAAUUUCAUCAAAGAAAAUUGAAGAAAAAAAUAUGCUCGUAACAGAAUUACCUUUUGGAAAUGAUUUAUGUACAGGAUCGAAUGAUGAUGUAAAUGAUUUUGGCUCAGAUCUUCUUGGUGAACGACAAAAGAAAAAGAAGAAAGUCAAACAAAAGGACAAAAAGUUAUUAAUAAAAGAACGAACUAAAAGCCAUAAGAAAAGGCCAAACCAUUUUGUAGCUAUUCAAGUAUCUAAUCCUGAAAUAAAAGGAGCUAUCAAGAACAUACAAAAUCAUAUUAUACAAAAGGAAAAUAUAUUGAAAUCGACAUUAAUAAAUGUGAAAACCCUUCAUAUUACAUUAUUGGUAUUUCAUAUAUCCAAUAAUGAAGAACUUGAAAGGGCUUGCUCUGCUCUCUCCAAUGCAUUUGAGGUAUUGAAAGAUGAUCUAUCAAUAAAUCCUCUUGAAUUAACUUUUGAAGGCAUAGAUCAUUUUAACAAUAAGAGAUGGCGAGAAUAUAAGAAGGGAAAAAUAAGAAAAAAAAUGUUCACACCGGGUUAAAACUUGGCAAAAUGAAAAUCACCGGGCUAAACAAUCUUGCUUCCACCAGCUGAUGAAUGAAUUAAGGUUAUAGGGAUGCUGAAGGUUAUAGGGGACAUAUCCGUAUGGAUACGAAUACUUUUCAAAGUAUUUCAAAGAGGAUAACACCCAUAAUAGCUAAAGAAGAUACACAUCUCUGAAGUUCUAUUUCACCCGGAGAACGUCUUUCGUUGACAUUUUGUUAUUUAGCAACAGGUAAGAAUAUAAUAUAUAUUGUAUUUAAUUUAUAUUUUAUGCAAUCUUAUGAUUAAAAUGACUCAUAUAUAAUUUAGGCAAAACGUUUUAUAGUUUGGCAUACCAAUUUAGAGUGGCCCAUAAUUCAAUAUCAGUCAUUAUCCCAGAAGUUUUGGAUGCUAUUUAUCAAUCUUAUAAAAGUGAAUAUUUGAGGGUAAGUGUUGUUCAGAGGAAAGCUUGAACGAUUUAAUUCAUUUUUAAUUGAUAUAUUUUUUCUUUAAUAUAAGCAUUUAUUUUAUUCAAUUGUAUAUUAUUAAAUGUAAUCAAACCUUUUAAAAUAAAUCUAACAAUAACUCUCAUAAAUUCAGAUUUGAUUUAUAUCAAAUAUAGCAUUUAAAUUUAAAUGUAUUAAAACUGAGUUAAAUCAAAUGUUACUAUCAAGAUAUGUUGACAAAUAUACGACAUAAGGUAUAUCUCAAUAAUGUUAAUUUUACAAAAAAAUUGCGCAGAAAAAUUUAUUUCAAAUGUUCUUCAAGAACUUCAUAUUAUUUUGAUUUUUAACUUUAUUAUUAUAUUGGCUACAUUAAUUUAAAAUUGUUUAUUUUCCUAAGGCACCAUCUGC